AUCGUGACGCUUCGAACUGACGUUUCUCGUUGUCAAAACCGAAACCCGGGCAGCGCACAACACAACAAAUCACGACCAGAGUUUCCGAUCAAUAUUCAAAGUUUUGUGGUGAAAAAAAAUGUUUGAUUUGUGUUCGGGUUGGUAGACAUCAUGACCAGUGAGCAGAAAAUGCAUUCCAAGUCCAUCAAAUCCAAAGAUCCCUCACUGGGGUCGUACUUUAUUCUGUGCUUUCUGCGGGUGGCGAUGGUUUUCGUUCCCCAGGUGGGAUACAUUCAUCCGGACGAGUUCUUCCAAUCCGUGGAAGUGGUGGCUGGGGACGAAUAUGGCUUGGAGGUGACACGCACUUGGGAAUUCAACACCACCUUCCCGAUCCGUUCGAUGGCGAUUCCGUACUUUGGGCUGAAGUUGCCCUUUGGGUUUCUCCGGUUCUGGUCGAUGUAUACGAAGUACUAUUUCGAUGUCAAUCUGAGGGGAAGCUACGUGACGUUGGUGUUUCCGCGAUUUCUGAUGGUGGUGCUUUCGUUUGUGAAUGAUUGGAGCUUGCGGAAGAUUUGCCAAGCAUACGGAUUGCAGAGCCAGUUCCGGUUGAUGACCCUGGCCAGCUCGUACGUGAUGUUGGUUUAUUCCACGAGGACGUUUACGAACAGCAUUGAAAUGGCUUUGUGCUCGCUUCUGCUGUACAUUGUGAGCGAUUGUAUGAUACACUCGAACACGGUUAUCUAUCAGAAGGAGUUUCUGGAGGAGAAGUACCAGAAAGCGAAGAAUACCGUAGAGAAGGUGAAAUUGUUCAAGCUUAAAAUGUCGCUUCCAUCGCAUUCCUUGAAUAAGUGCGUUUUGAUGGCGACUCUUUGCGUUGCUGGCGUAUUUAACAGACCAACAUUUUUCCUGUUUGGAUUGCCAUUGGUGUUUCACUGGUUGUUGCGAGGGAUGGGAACCAGAACGGUUUCAUUCGCCGAUUUUAACAUUCGUAUAAUUACUUUUGUGUUGUCGUCGAUUCCUGCUUUGGUAUUCUUCAUUCUAGUGGAUUCGUUUUACUACGGAUAUAUAACUCCAGCAGAAGUCGAGAGAUUCGAUAUCUCUAUCAAUAACUUUGUGGUGACUCCUUUGAACUUCAUACGAUACAACAUAAAUCCGCAAAAUACCGAACAGCACGGAGUUCACCCUUAUUAUCUGCAUUUGAUUGUUAACAUUCCCAUCCUGUACAACGUCCUGGGCGUAAUUGCAGUCUUCUCAUUUAUGGGAAUGCUUCAAAAGCUUGCUUCCAACGAGUACACAAGCCUUCCUCGAGCACAAUCCUUCGUAGGGCUCAUGCUUUGCGCAAUAUUCUUCCCAAUCAUCAUGCUCUCAUUCUUCAACCAUCAAGAACCGAGAUUUCUGCUACCAAUCACUCUUCCCCUGAUCCUUUUGCACGCUCCCAAGCUCAAAACCGGUUUCUGUUCUUCCUAUCCGUUCCGCACACGAUCCUUCCUCAAAGAUUUCAUCUACGAGCAUUUCCUCUGUACCCGAGCUAGUUCUCGAUACCUCCUCCGAGUUUGGUAUUCAACCAACAUCGCUCUGACCCUGUUCUACGGAUUUGUCCACCAAGGAGGAGUCUACCAGCUCGCAGAACACCUCAGCCGCCAGCUCGAUAUCCGCUCCGCCUCAACCCAGAUCCACCUCGCAACCAGCCACAUCUACAGCAUGCCCCAAUGCUUCCUGAACCAACCCAGCAGCAACACCCUUCUCGUCAAUCCGGAAAACGGACAAAAGUACCGCCGAGGAAAGCGCUUCUUCCUCUACGAAUACGGCAGCACAAACCUGAACGAACUCUACUCCCGCAUGAAAACCAUCCUGGACGCGUGCGAAAUGAAGCAGCAUACUUCCAACCAACGUUACCUACUCUACUUAGCCAUUCCGUCCAGCUUAUCAGAAGACCUCAACGAGGUCUUUCACAACCGCUCCACCGUCCUCCUCAAACACACCCAGAGCAAGGUGUUCUAUCCGCAUCUCUCGAUCGAGGCCAUGCCCAAACUGCUCGGUCAGCAUCCCUGCGGCAUCAACACCGACGUGGACGAAAUCGGCGACACCUGCCCCAUCUACGCCUACGAGGACGAACAGCAGAACCCAUUCUCGACGGCACGAAUUCUGAAGCAGUUCAGCUCGCUGGUGCACCAGUUCGGGUUGAUUCUGUACCGGAUCGAGGUACGCAAGCGUAUCAAAUAACGACCGGUCAGCAGCAGUGCCAUCGUUUGGAUUGGGCGGCAGGACGUAAGAAGCUAGUCAUAUGUUUUUCAUAGGUGUAAAUAGAUGUGAUAUUUUUUAGGUUUUUCUUAACAAUUAAAUUAGCUUGAAUCCAAAAAAAAAACGUUGAUAUAUUAUUCCAAAAACACAAAUGCUAGCUUGUAAGGAUUGACUGUUUAGUUUAUUUCUAUUAAAAGCGCAAUAAAACAUUUUAAAAUACA